AUGGUUUCCAACGACGUUUACCUGCUGCCGCUCAACGACGAUGGCUCGCCCCAGGUCACUGGAGAGUACAUCUACCUCGCGCCCGAGACGCGCGAGUCGGUGACAAUCCGCUUUGCAAUCGAGGGCACGUCGAGCAUUUGCCGCCAUGGCAGCCUCUGGGUCAACAUUCCCGAGCGUGGGGCCGAGUUUCGCCGCGACAAGUUUCGCGAGUUCAAGCUCGUUCCCGACUUCAACCGCACGCUCGAGAUUUCCAUCCCAAUCUACGAAGCCGGCGCAUACGCCUUUUACACGACGUACGCCGAGCUGCCCGACCUUGCCAACAACCUCGCCCAGGCCAAUGGCGUCUCUACGACCAAGACGAAGAAGACGCCUCUGUACUACAUCGAUGUUGCGCCGAGGCUCACGCUGGACGGCCAGCCGCUGCCUCUGCCGGCGCUGUCCGUCUUCUCCAUCAUCAGCAAGUUCAUGGGCAGGUAUCCGCAAGACUGGGAGCGGCACCUCCGGGGCAUAAGCGAUCGCGGGUACAACAUGAUCCAUUUCACCCCGCUGCAAGUCAGGGGUGCCUCGGACUCGCCAUACAGUUUGUAUGACCAGCUUGGCUGGGACCCCAACUGUUUCCCAGAAGGCGAGAAGGACGUGCAAAAGUUGGUGGAGAGCUUGGAAAAGAACCACUCCAUGCUCAGUCUGACGGACAUCGUCCUGAACCACACUGCGCAUAACAGCACUUGGUUGCUAGACCACCCAGAGGCAGGCUACAAUUUGACCACGGCGCCGUGGCUGGAGUCGGCCUACCUCCUGGACUCGAAGCUGCUCGAGCUGAGUUACAAGCUAGAGAAGCUAGGGCUACCAACUGAUCUCAAGUCUGUGGACGAUCUCGUCAAGAUCAUGGACGCAAUCAAGAAGGAGGUGAUGGCAGAGAUCCGCCUCUGGGAGUAUUACGCUCUCGACGUCGAUCGCGAUGCCGACGCGGCUAUCGAGUCUUGGGUGGUGGGUAAGACAGCCUUUCCCGAGGGCUCCAUUGGCCCUGGUGGCAUCGAUGCUCUUCGCGCAGCCGCGCCUAAGGACCAGGCGGAUUUCCUCGUCAAGAACGCUCUAAAGGGUAUGGACCGCCUUGGAGAGCGGUUUAGGAGGAGAGUCGACCCGAAUAUUGCUGCAGCGCUCUUGUCUGCGAUAUUUGGCCGAUACGAAGGCGAAUCGGGUGACAGUACGGAUCAAGCAGCAGCCCGAGUCAAAAUUUUGGAAAUACUCGACAUCGUGAACGUGCCCUUCUAUAAAGAAUACGACGCCGAGGUGGCCGAGAUUCUCCAGCAGCUCUUCAACCGCAUCAAGUAUGUCCGUUUGGAUGAACAUGGGCCGAAGCAGGGGCCGAUCAACGCAAAGAACCCCUUGAUUGAGACCUACUUUACCCGCUUGCCUCUGAACGAGAAGACGGUGAAGCACAGGAAGGAAGAUCUGGCGCUCGUCAACAACGGAUGGGUCUGGGGCGGAAAUGCGCUCGUCGACAAUGCCGGCCCGCAAUCGCGCGUCUAUCUCCGACGAGAGGUCAUCGUUUGGGGUGACUGCACGAAGCUCCGGUAUGGGGCCGGUCCCAACGACAGUCCAUGGCUUUGGGAACAUAUGACCAAGUACGCCCGGAUGUUGGCAAAGUAUUUCGCCGGCUUCCGGAUUGACAACUGCCACUCUACCCCUCUCCAUGUAGCCGAGCAUAUUUUAGACGAAGCCCGCCGCGUUCGCCCAGACCUUUUUGUUGUGGCCGAGCUCUUCACAGGCUCGGAAGAGAUGGAUUACGUCUUUGUGAAGCGGCUUGGUCUGAGCUCGCUCGUUCGCGAAGCGAUGCAGGCAUGGAGCACCGCGGAACUCAGCCGACUCGUCCAUCGGCAUGGCGGCCGUCCGAUUGGCAGCUUCGAGGUUGAUGAGAUCUCGAGCCUCGACGUCCGAGGCCCCGUCAAGGAAAACGGCGAGACGGUGAAUGGCGAGCACCAAUACACGCGCGAGAUCAUCCGCCGGAUCAAGCCCGUUCCCGUCCAGGCCUUGUUCAUGGAUUGCACACACGACAACGAGGUUCCUGCUCAGAAGCGAGAUGCCCGUGACACGCUCCCCAACGCGGCACUGGUCUGCAUGUGCUCCAGCGCAACUGGUAGCGUCAUGGGCUAUGAUGAGAUUUACCCAAAGCUGGUUGAUCUAGUCAGCGAGUCGCGCCUUUACACUUCAGAGUCGUCCAAGUUCCCAGUCAAGGUUGGCGACGGCAAGGGCGGUAUUGGCGGUGUCAAGAAAUUGCUGAACCAGAUACACACUCUGAUGGGUCUAGACGGCUAUGACGAGACGCACAUCCACCACGAGGACCAGUAUAUUACGGUUCAUCGUGUCCAUCCAGGCUCCCGUAAGGGCUACUUCUUAAUCGCCCACACUGCCUUCCCCGGCUACGGGAAUGGAAAUGGCGCGUUCAAUGCGGUUCAUCUGACCGGAACCAAGGCCAAGCAUCUUGGAAGCUGGAUGCUCGAAGUUGACUCGAGCAAAGAAGCGGUCGAGGAAGUCCUGAGUGACAAGAAGUAUCUUCGAGGACUCCCAAGCCGGCUGAUUGCUCUCCCAGGCAUUCGGAUGGAGGUCAAGGGCGAUGACACAAUCAUCACCGUGCGCGACAGAUUCCCUCCUGGCAGCAUCGCCUUGUUCGAGACGUGGAUUCCGGCCGCAGAGCACUCUAGUGGCCUGGACACGUUCGUGACCUCUGGAGCCAAGGUAGCUAUGGAUGAGCUUAGCCUGAUCGACCUCAACUUCUUGUUGUACAAGUGUGAGCCCGAGGAACACGAUGUCAGCAAUGGAAGGGAUGGAACUUACGAUAUCCCGGGACACGGCAAAAUUGUCUAUGCUGGCCUUCAAGGCUGGUGGAGCAUUCUUGCGGACAUCAUCAAGGACAACAAUCUGGCUCAUCCACUUUGCCAGCACCUCCGAGACGGACAAUGGGCUCUUGACUACAUUGUCGGGAGACUUGAGCGCGCUUCCAAACUUGAGGCCUACAGCCGGCUCGCAAAACCGGCAGCUUGGCUGAGGGAGCGGUUUGAUGCCAUCCGCGGGAUUCCCAGCUUCCUCCUUCCGCGAUACUUUGGCUUGGUCCUCCGGACUGCUUACAUGGCUGCCUUUGAGCAGGGCGUCUCUCUCAUGAAUCACAAUAUCCGCAAUGGGCAGUGGUUUUUGCAGAAAUUGGCCAUGGUCAGCACUCAACAGACUGGACUCGUCAAGUCGGCAUCUCUCUAUCCGAACCGGCUUGUUCCGUCUCUCGCCGCCGGCCUGCCGCACUUCGCGGUUGAUUGGGCUCGCUGCUGGGGCCGUGAUGUCUUCAUUUCUCUUCGUGGUUUGUACCUCGGCACUGGAAGAUUCGAUGAAGCGAAGGAACACAUUCGUGCCUUUGCCGGUGUUCUCAAGCACGGCAUGAUUCCCAAUCUUCUUGGAAGCGGCAACACACCAAGAUACAACGCUCGAGAUUCUGUUUGGUUCUUCUUGCAGUGCAUCCAAGACUACACGCGCAUCGCCCCGGAUGGUUUGUCACUGCUGGAUGAGAAGAUCAAGCGGCGCUUCUUGCCGUAUGAUGAUACUUGGUUUCCCACCGACGACCCUCGCGCGUACAGCAAAGAGAGUACCAUUGGUGAUAUUGUUCUCGAGGUGCUCCAGCGCCAUGCAGCUGGCAUGAAGUUCCGCGAGGCAAAUGCUGGUCCCGGUCUGGACAUGCAGAUGGGCGACGAGGGCUUCAAUAUAGAAAUCAGGGUCGACUGGAGCAAUGGCUUCAUCUUCGGUGGCAACCAGAAGAACUGCGGUACCUGGAUGGACAAGAUGGGUGAGAGCGAUCGUGCGGGUUCAAAGGGCGUUCCGGGUACCCCUCGAGACGGCGCCGCUGUCGAAAUUACGGGCCUGCUCUACAGCAGCUUGAGGUGGGUCGCGUCGUUGAACAAAUCUGGCAAAUACAGCUACGCCAGCGUCCGGAAGACAGACGGCUCAGAGGUAACCUUUGAGGGAUGGGCCAGCCUCAUAAAGAGCAACUUUGAGAGGUGCUACUUUGUCCCCAUCUCGCCUUCCGAGGACAGCGCCUAUGAUAUCAACACCUCGGUGGUCCACCGUCGCGGUAUCUACAAAGAUCUGUAUCGUUCUGGGAAGGAGUACGAAGACUACCAGCUCCGGCCAAACUUCCCCAUCGCCAUGACGAGCGCCCCUGAUCUAUUCGACGACAAGCACGCCAUGCAUGCACUGUGCAUUGCCGACAGCGUCCUCAGGGGGCCGACUGGCAUGGCGACGCUUGACCCCGGCGACAUGAACUACCGGCCCUACUACCACAACAGCGAAGACAGCACCGACUUUGCCACUAGUAAGGGUCGCAACUACCACCAAGGCCCAGAAUGGCUGUGGCCUACGGGCUUCUUCCUUCGCGCUCUUCUCAAGUUUGACCUCAAGCGCCGCGGUCGUGAUGAUGCAGAGGGUCGCACCGAAGCAUUCCAGCAGGUUACACGGAGACUCAUCGGCUGCAAAGAGAUGAUUGAGCGCAGUCCCUGGGCUGGACUUGCGGAGCUGACCCAGAAGAACGGCGAGCACUGCGCUGACUCUUCUCCAACUCAAGCGUGGUCAGCCAGCUGCUUGAUCGACCUGUAUAUGGAUGCGGCGGAUGAGCAAGCCAAGCUAGAUUCUCAGACUCUUCCGCUGCGGUGA